GUGUGUUUGAGUGUGUGAACUGAGCGGAGGUGAAGAAGAGGAGGAUGAAGCUGGGAGCGGAGGAUGGGAGGAAGAGUGGAGUAAGAGACAGGCUAGCUAUCAAGGGCUGUGUGUGCAUGCCUGCAAGUGUGAAUGCGUGAGUGAGUGAGGAAGAGGCACAGGGAGGUCGUUAACGGACUGAAACAAAGACUAUAUUUUUGGUACCCCCAAAACAUUGUAACGGAAACUUUAAACUUUUACCCGCCAGAGCUUGGCUGCCGUGCCGGGUCCCGGCUUUGUUUCACGGCGGGGGAGGUCCACGAUAAAUGCAGGUAUAAAAUAGCUUCAGAUCGACAUUUUUCACGCAAGAGGGGGGAAUCCCUGGAACUGUGUUUGUUGCGGGUUACGAGAGAAUGGCGGCCAACAUGUACCGAGUCGGAGAUUACGUAUACUUUGAGAAUUCCUCCAGCAACCCGUACCUGAUCCGCAGAAUAGAGGAGCUGAACAAGAUCAUGGUAAACCCAAUGACUGCCAAUGGGAACGUAGAAGCCAAAGUGGUGUGUCUGUUCAGGAGGCGGGACAUCUCAGGCAACCUCAACACCCUGGCCGACAGCAACGCACGAGACUUUGAGGAGGAGUCCAAGCAGCCUGCCGUGUCUGAACAACAGAAACACCAGCUGAAGCACAGAGAGCUCUUCCUCUCUCGGCAGUUUGAGUCCCUCCCCGCGACACACAUACGAGGAAAAUGCAACGUCACACUCCUGAACGAAACAGAUGUCCUGGCUGGGUACCUGGAGAAGGAGGACUGUUUCUUCUACUCGCUGGUGUUCGACCCCGUCCAGAAGACCCUGCUGGCUGACCAGGGGGAGAUCCGGGUGGGAUCCAAGUACCAGGCUGAGAUCCCAGACAAGCUGGCUGAAGGUGAAGCAGACAGCCGCGUGCAGGAGAAGCUGGAGACCAAAGUGUGGGACCCCGACAACCAGCUCAAAGACCCCCAGAUCGACCAGUUCCUGGUGGUGGCACGGGCCGUAGGGACGUUUGCCCGAGCCCUAGACUGCAGCAGCUCCAUCCGCCAGCCCAGCCUGCAUAUGAGCGCUGCAGCCGCCUCCAGAGACAUCACACUGUUCCAUGCCAUGGACACUCUGCAGAAGAACGGCUACGACCUGGCCAAGGCCAUGUCCACGCUGGUGCCCCAGGGGGGGCCGGUGCUCUGCCGGGACGAGAUGGAGGAGUGGAGCGCCUCCGAGGCCAUGCUGUUCGAAGAGGCGCUGGAGAAGUACGGCAAGGACUUCAACGACAUCCGCCAGGACUUUUUGCCCUGGAAGUCUCUAGCCAGCGUGGUUCAGUUUUACUACAUGUGGAAGACCACUGACCGCUACAUCCAGCAGAAACGUCUGAAGGCGGCGGAAGCGGACAGCAAGCUCAAGCAGGUCUACAUCCCAACAUACACCAAGCCCAACCCCAACCAGAUCAUGGCCCCAGGCAGCAAGCCUGGCAUGAACGGGGCGGCAGGCUUCCAGAAAGGACUCAGCUGCGAGAGCUGCCAUACCGCCCAGUCUGCCCAGUGGUACGCCUGGGGCCCUCCCAACAUGCAGUGCAGGCUGUGCGCCUCCUGCUGGAUCUACUGGAAGAAGUACGGGGGCCUGAAGACCCCCACACAGCUAGAGGGAGCCGCCAGAUCUGGCUCCGAGUCCACCCCCCGCGGUCACAUGACCCGCCAGGAAGUGCAGGGGCUGUCCCCGUUCACCCGGAGCGAGGGGCGCGCCAAGCUCCUGGCCAAGAACCGGCAGACCUUCAUCCUGCAGACCACCAAGCUGACGCGCAUCGCCCGCCGCGUCUGCACGGACAUCCUGCAGCCGCGCCGGGCCGCACGGCGCCCCUACGCCUCCAUCAACGCCAACGCCGUCAAGGCCGAGUGUAUGAUCAGGCUUCCUAAAGCCACCAAGGCCCCUAUAAAGAACAGGUCCAUCCCUCGACCGUCCCUGGCCACCAUAGUGAAGGAUCUGGCCGUGCAGGCCCCCCUGAAGCUGAAGGCUCCCAGAGGGGCCCCGACACCUAUCAACCGUAACCAGGCCAAUCAGCCUCGCGGGGGCUCUGGGCUGCUGGGAAAGAGGCCCUUUGAUAGCGCAGCGGGGCUGCCCUUCUCCACCAAUGGGAGGCCGUUCACGUCGGGAAUGCGGACCACCUCUCAGUCUGUGAUCAAGCGUCAGAAGGUGAACCAGGGAGACGCCCCCAACCCUGUGGUGUUUGUGGCCACCAAAGACACCAGAGCUCUGAGGAAACACCUGACCCAGUCUGAGAUGCGCCGGGCUGCCAGGAAGCCCCACCUGCCUGUCCGGAUCAAGCUGCCUCCCCGGCCCCUGGCCACACCCAUCCUGCCCUCCAGCACCAGCGAGCCAAUCGUCCUGGAGGACUGAGGGGCGGAGCCUGUUCAGGACACGGCUGUAGGAGGGUGCUCGCGCCGGUCCUCUGCUAGGCAGCGCACGCCAUACCAGUCGUCUUUUCUUUUGGUGUUUUUUUCUUUUUCUUUUUCUUUUUUUUUAUUGUAUUUUCUCCUUUUCUUCAUCUUCUGUUACUUCCCCAAAGUGCAAUUGUGCUUAUUUACACACACACACACACACACACACACACACUCGAGUGACACGCAAAUACAUGUAAAUCUUGAGACAUACACAUUUACACUGACAUGCUGGCACCAGAUUUUGGGGCUUUGUAGUAUUUUAUUCCGGCUUCAUUUUGCUUCCUUGUUUGGCUCCCCUUUUUUUAUUGGCUAAUAUUUUAAACUGUGUAAUUUAAAUCAGAAAUAUUUCUCAUCCUGAAAUAAUGGUGAUAAAGCACACUUUAUUUUUUUCCUCCGGGUCUAUCUUAUUUGUGUAAAUAUUCGCAACAUUUGAGGGGGUGGCUCCUAUUGGUUUUGGGGGGGGGGGGGGGGGGGGAAUUGGGGAGGUUUUUUAAGCAUGUUUUCUUUAUCUGGAAAGUUCUAUUUUGAUGAUAACUUCACUGACAUGUUUCAUCAUAAAUUGGAGAGGUUGCAGUAAAGUGCUCGGUGUGUGUCCGUGUCUGUUGUCCAUACCUCAAACGUGUCCAUUUGCAAUCAUGUGUCCCUUACAAGGCUUUCACACUAUCUCCCCUGUCUUUCUGCCUCCCACAGCCGAUUGAGAACCCCCACUGUCUCUGAAAGGUUUUAUUUUGUUUUACCCCCCACCCUUAGUGUUGCAGUAGUAUUUGUUCAACUCUAGUAGAUUGUCCCAGUCAAUUCGAGUCUGGUCUUGACCCGUAUCACUUGAUUUUAAAAGCCAGAGGCCGAUGUGGAUCUGUCUAUGGGCCUUAAUGUAAAGAAUUGGGGUAUCGUUUUAAUUUUGACCCCCAACAAGAUGAGGAUUGGAGUGCAACGGUACUUUACCAUCAGCACUGUGCUCGAAGGGGAAGAAAUAGUUGGUUAUGUAUGUAAACAGGUUGGGAGAGUUCAUGAGUAGGUUUGGAACAUAUUUCAAUCAGUGGUGGGUUGAUAUGAGUUUAAUUGUGGCGUGUUUGAUACAUGCGACAUGAACAGUGUUGGCUUUGAGGUACUUGAGUUGUGAUGACGGGGAUGAAGCUGUGUCUAAGUGAAGGAGUCAGAAACAAGCCAUAUAGACAGGGGCUUGAUUCGAAGAGGCCCCCCCUCCCCCUUCCUUGUUUUCUCCCUGUGCAUGUUGAUGCCUGUCCCUCUGAAGGCUUAUAGUAGGUCGCUCCACUUUAGUUUAGGCCACAGCAAAAUGACAAUUGACUGUUGGACUUUGGGUUUAUUUUAACGACACAGGCAUAUGUUACAGGCUAGUUAACGGAUGGUGUUAUUUCUAAACAGCAGCAGUAUGUGCUGAGGAGGAUAUGAUAGGAAGUUCCAGUCAUGUCUCGAGUAGUGAGUUGAUUUGGUUUGAGUCUUUAUUUCCUGUUACCCUUGUUUGAGUGAAAGGGUUAAUGGAUGAAAUCGAUGCUAAAUUGGAUAUUAUUAUUCCUCGUUCUCCCUCAGGCUUGGUUCAUUAGCCAGUGAAAGGGUCACAUGAUGGAUUUAUAAGCGCAAUGUGGGCUUUUGUAAUGUUUCUAAAACAAAUUCAAGUGUUAAAUGCAAAGCAAAUACUAACCUGAAAAAAAGACUGGCUUAUUGGAAACUUCAGUGUUUUUUAUAUAAAAUCUGAAAGCUUGUAAUUACUCCGAAUUGUGGAGAGGGUUGCAAUCCUGUACAUGUAAACAUUGCUCUCCUUCGAUGGGUGGGUUUGGGAUGGGAUGGGGGGGGGGGGGGGGGGUUGGGCAGGCAGGACAGAGGGCUACAUUCAAGGGGAGAGGGGUUAGAAUUUUGUAAGUUGGAGAGAGAAUUAUGCUAAAAUUAAAAACUUUUUUUCUCAAGUGUUUUUUUAUUCCAAUGUCUCUGUAUCCUUUAAUGUAUCUUGAUAAGAAAAGAAAUAAAGAUUUUUUUUCUUUGU